AUGGACAACACCUACUGUUCAAGGCCUGAAACAUCUUAUCUACGUCCAGUCUCUCGCCAGAUCUGGUCAUUGCAGGCCAAUUCUAUUCUUCUCACUCUUGAAAAUCUACAACCCCAGACCGAAAGUGCAACUUCAUCUGUCACAGAGGUGGGAGUGUCGGUGGCAGCAAAACUUGCUGAAUAUUUGGUGCAUCCAACUUUACAGCAGCUGCAAUAUUUGUUCUGUGUGGGCAAAAUCUCCAAAAAUGUUGAGAUCAGAAAGGAGGAGCUGAUACUGAAGCAAGGGAGGGUGCAGGAACGCGUUCAAGAGGCCGUCAACAGGACUGAGAGGAUUGAUGAUGAGGUUCACAGGUGGAAGAAUGACGUGAAGAGCCUCAUAGCAGAGGUGGAGAAUUUGGAGGAAAGACUAAGGGCUAAUCAUGGGUGCCUUCGAGGGUUGUGUCCUACUUGGAGGAGAUAUUAUCUCUGCAAAAAGUUGGCUAAGACAAUCCGGAGGAUGAUUGAUCUAAUUACAAAGAGUAAUCGCUUGGAUCCAUUUUCCCAUCCCGUUAUUGUUCCAGAUAUAGUGUAUCACUCUUCACAAAACUUCAAGCUCUUCAACUCUACACAAAUGGCUUUUGACCAGUUGUGGGAGGCUUUGCAAAAUGAGGGUAGCUCCGUGAUUGGACUUUGGGGAAUGGGAGGGUCAGGGAAAACCACCUUGGUGACAGAAGUGGGAAAGAAAGCCAAAGAGUCACAACUCUUCGACAGAGUUGUGAUUGCCACAAUUUCUCAAAGUUUAGAUAUCAUGCAAAUUCAGGAUGAAAUUGCUGACUCGUUGGGGCUCAAGUUAGAAGAAAAAUCUAAAACAGGAAGGGCAAAAAGAAUUGCACUACGAUUACAAGGCGGAAAACCGAUUUUGGUAAUACUGGAUGAUAUAUGGGCUAAGCUAAAUCUUGAGCACAUAGGGAUUCCCAUGGGGGGAAAUCUUCAAAGGAGUUGCAAAGUUGUCCUGACCACACGCCUUUUAGAAGUAUGUACCUUGAUGGAAUGUCAAAAGACAAUCAAACUUGAUUUGUUAAAAGAAGAUGAAGCUUGGAUUUUGUUUCAAAGUCAUGCUAAUGUCAAUGAUGCUGCUCAACAAGAUAUGGCACGACAAAUCGCUAUGGAAUGUAAGGGCCUACCCAUUGCGAUUGUAGCUGUGGGUACUUGCUUGAAAGAAAAAGGAGUUGAUGAGAUGAAGGUAAUGUUGCAUCAGUUGAGGAAUGCGAAAGCAACCAAUGUGAAUAAAGGAGUAAGGGAUGCUUUUACUUGUCUUGAAUUAAGCUAUGAUAAUUUGGCAACCCGAGAAGCCAAGUUGUUAUUGUUAAUGUGUGCUAUGUUUCCUGAAGAUCAUAAUAUUAGUGUUGAAGACCUUUUCAGAUAUGGAGUGGGUUUAGGCCUAUGUGAAGAUGUAGACUCAUUUGAAAUAGCAAGGUGCCAAGUUAUAACAACUAUCAAUGAUCUCAUCAACUCCUCAUUGUUGAUGUGUUCUUCAAAAUUCAACACAAAUGCACAAGAAUAUGUGACAAUGCAUGAUAUGGUUCGUGAUUUUGCAUUGUGGAAAGCAUCUAAAGAGGAUCGUACCAUUGGGGUAAGUUGUGGAAAGGAAUUGAAUGAAGUGAUUGCUGAUGAAGUGGUGAAAAAUUGUUAUGCUGUAUCUUCAUGGUAUGAGAACAAUAAACACUUUGAAUUUCCUUCUCAAUUGGAUGUCUUUCAAUUUCCUUCUCAAUUGGAUGCUCCAAAGCUUGAGUUUCUGUUGUUACAAUCUGGAAAACUCUUGGAUAUCUCAGAUGCAUCAUUUGAAGGAACUAAAGGACUGAAGGCGUUAAUUAUUAGCUCCUCCUAUUUUGGGCAGCCCAAUGCUAGACUAUUACAACAUCAAUCAAUCCAACACUUGUCUAAUCUUCGAACUUUGCAAUUGCAAGGUUGGAAUUUACGUGACAUCUCUUUUGUGGUAAGCCUUACAAGACUUGAAAUUCUUGACUUGCAAAGAAGUAUGUUUGAAAGAUUGCCAAAUGGAAUUGAAAAUUUAAAUAAGCUGAAGUUGUUAGAUUUGUCAGAUUGUUACAUAGGUGAAUGUUGUUGCAAAGUAAUAGGAAGAUGCUCACAGUUAGAAGAGUUGUAUGUUACCAUGCAUUGUCCACAGUCAAAAAUUGCAAAAUGCUAUGAAUGCCUUAUGGCCCCUACUGCUUUGAUUAAACUGAGAAGGUAUAGGAUAGGAAUUGGGGAGCAUAAAUUGAUGUCUCAAAAGGAAAGUGCAAGAUAUUUACGCUUGGUUCAGUUAAAUAUCGCCAUGUUAGGUGUAGGAAUCAAGGAUCUUGCACAAAGAGCAACUACAAUUAAAUUUCAUGAGCUUGAGGGAGGCAGCAGAAGUUUCAUGCCUAAUGUUGUUCAAGCUAUCGGAGCCAUGAAUGAGUUAACUAAGCUCUGUCUUGGAAGGUGUUCAGAGAUGGAAUGCAUUGUUGACAAAAUUAAUACUCAUGAAGAUGCGAUUUCCCCAAGAUUGGAUGAGUUAGUGCUAAAAGAUAUGGAUAAUCUUCAACAACUACAUCGUGGUCUUUCUUCUUUUAGCUUGUUCCAAAAGCUAGAAACACUACGUAUAUCCAAUUGCCCUCAGUUGCUCCAUAUAUUCCCUGCUGAUUGCAACAUAGGCAAUCUUAAGUUUCUCAAUAUUUUUGGUUGUCCAAGGUUGACAUCUCUCUUCCCUGUCUCUGCUGUGUGCACUCUGUUGUCCUUACAAGAGCUCCAAAUAGAAAGGUGCAAUGAACUGAAGCAUGUAAUAGAAGGAGAGGGUGGUGGUGAUGCAUUGGAAAGACUAUGUAUAUCCAAUUGCCCUCAGUUGCUCCAUAUAUUCCCUGCUGAUUGCAACAUAGGCAAUCUUAAGUUUCUCAAUAUUUUUGGUUGUCCGAGGUUGACAUCUCUCUUCCCUGUCUCUGCUGUGUGCACUCUGCUGUCCUUACAAGAGCUCCAAAUAGAAAGGUGCAAUGAACUGAAGCAUGUAAUAGAAGGAGAGGGUGGUGGUGAUGCAUUGGAAAGACUAUAUAUAUCCAAUUGCCCUCAGUUGCUCCAUAUAUUCCCUGCUGAUUGCAACUUAGGCAAUCUUAAGUUUCUCAAUAUUUUUGGUUGUCCGAAGUUAACAUCUCUCUUCCCUGUCUCUGUUGUGUGCACUCUAUUGUCAUUACGAGAGCUCCGAAUACAAAGUUGCAGUGAACUGAAGCAUGUUUUAGAGGGAGAGAGUGAUGGUGAUGCAUGGGAGAAUUUGAGCUUCCCAAAAUUGAAAAUUUUGUCUGUUGGUGAUUGCUGCAAAUUAGAAUCUGUAUGCUCAGUCUUUUUAGCUCAAAGGUUUGUACAAUUGCAGCGUCUAUCCAUAACAAAUGCUCCUCAAAUGAAAUUUGUGUUCGGUGAAAAUGCUGAUGAAGAACAACCACUGCGUGAUCAAGAUGAGACUCAAAUAGCUCUUUCUCUUUUGGAAUACCUCACACUAACAAGUCUUCCAAACCUUGUCGGAAUUUGCUCAGAGAGGUAUCAUCUAAGGGGGCCAUCUAUAAAGACAAUAGAAUGGAAGGAUUGUCCAAAUCUGGAACUUGAGAGCCACCAGAGGAAUGAAGAACACAAGUCAUUGACAACUAUAGAAAGUAUUCAACUUCAUAACUGUGGAGUAGAAUCCAUUUCCCUCUAUAAGACAGGCGUUGAAGAACAAUAUCCAACAUUUCAAUCCCUUAAAGAACUAGCCUUGCGAAAUCAUGCAAGAUUGAAAUUUGUCUUUUCUGCUCACAUGUGUCAAAGUCUUCCAGAGUUAACUUCUGUAACCAUAUCUUGCUGUGAGGAGUUGGAGGCGAUCUUUUCGGAGAAUGAAGAGACUCAGAAAAAUCCACCUAAUGCUGAAUCUUGUCUCCCGAAAUUGAAGACGUUGAGAGUCUCUGGGUGCAACAAGCUUAAAUUCAUUUUAUCUUUCAUGAUUGGUCCUACUGUCUCAAUGCUGCCACAACUAAGCACUCUAGCCAUAUCAAAUUCUUCCGAAAUGGAAGAAAUUUUCAAAUGCCCAAAUAUUGAAGAUCAUCACAUUGAUAGUAGUGAAAAGGAGAUUACAUUCCCGAACAUGAAAUAUCUGGAACUUAAGAACUUGCCAAGACUUGUUAAUGUCUGCCAAGGAUUCAAGUUGCAGACAGGGGAGUUUUACAUGGUUGCGGUUCAUGACUGCCCAAAACUUAUGCCAAUUAUGGGUGCAUCUAUUCAUUGGACUAAAGAGGGACUUGUAAGGAAGUAUGUGUUGAGAUACAGCCAAUUGGAUAACAAUGAGGCUCUCAAUAAUCUUCCACUUUCUGUUCUAAAUAUUGGAGAGCUUGAUAUUCAAAGUCCUAGAGUUGAACACGAGCGGCGAGUGAUUGUUAAUGAUGAGCAAGAAGAAGCCAAUAACUCAGAAAUGUUGAGAUCAGAAGAGCAAAUGGUGGGAGGUCUUGUUCCCACGCAAGUGUUGAGCUUUCAACAUCUUCAUUCCUUAGAAGUAACUCACAAUAAAAAGUUGAAGUUUUUGUUCUCAAGAAGCACUAUUGUCCAUACCAGCCUUCCCAAGCUAACUUCCCUAACCUUAUCUGAUUGUGAGGAAUUAGAGGUGAUUUUUAGACAAAGCAGUGAAGGUGAUGCGAACUACAGUGAGACAAUUGUGCUUUCCAGCUUGAGGACGAUAGAGCUAACAAAUUUGUCAAAUUUGACAAGUGUUUGUCAAGGAUUGCAGAUUUAG